GAGAGAAUAUAAAAAGAGAAAAAAAGAGCUGACAAAAGACAAUAAUAAGACCACCAAACCCGUCGAGUUGUUGUAUUGCCAUUUCAUACCUUUGGAAGCCAAAGCCAAAGCAAAGCCUCUCAAGUCUCAAAUUCGAAUUCCCCUUUUGCUUUACGUUCUUCUCUCUUCGUCUUUCUCCGAUAUUUCCUUCCUUUAAUAUCUCACGGCUCUCUCCUUAAACUUCAAUCAAUCAAACAGACUUUGAGGAUUUUUUUUUCCGAUUUGCGCCCAUCGGGAUCUGGUCUUUAUCGGUUUUGGUGACAACAUUAAGAGAUUUUUGGAUUUGAAGUUGUCAAGAGAUGGAUGAAAACAGUGGAGGAGGUUCAAGCUCACUUCCACCUUUCCUUAUUAAAACAUAUGAAAUGGUAGAUGAUUCUUCUUCUGAUUCAAUCGUUUCUUGGAGCGACAACAACAAAAGCUUCAUCGUCAAGAACCCAGCAGAGUUUUCAAAAGACCUUCUUCCUAAAUUCUUCAAGCACAAGAACUUCUCCAGUUUCAUCCGCCAGCUUAACACAUAUGGCUUCAGGAAAAUCGAUCCGGAGAAAUGGGAAUUCGCAAAUGAAGACUUCCUCAGAGGCCAACCUUACCUAAUGAAGAACAUCCACAGACGAAAACCGGUUCACAGCCACUCCUUACAGAACCUACAAGCUCUGAACCCUCUGACGGAAUCAGAGAGACAGAGCAUGAAGGAUCAGAUCGAGAGGCUGAGGAAGGAGAAAGAAGCUCUUCUAACGGAUUUACGAAACCAAGAGCAAGAACGUAAAGCGUUCGAGAUGCAAGCAACAACGUUGAAAGAGCGGUUACAGCACAUGGAGCAGCGUCAGAGAUCAAUCGUAUCGUUCGUCUCACAGGUUCUUGAAAAGCCAGGACUUUCUCUAAACCUUGAAACGCACGAGAGACGGAAAAGGAAACUACAAGAGAGUUCUGUUCCUGCAACUCGGUCACACGCAGAGCAGGUCGAGAAGUUAGAGUCUUCGUUAACUCUUUUGGAGAAUCUCGCGACGGAAUCAUCGUAUGAUAAGAGCGGUGUGCAGUCAUCAAGCAUGGAUCUUGACGUGAACGAGUCGAUAAGCUGUGCGGAGAGUCUAAGUAAUGGCGAAACCCGACCGAAAUCAACGAAGAUUGAUAUGAACUCGGAGCCUGUAACAGCGGUUGCUCCGAAAACAGGAGUUAACGAUGUCUUUUGGGAGCAGUGUUUGACUGAGAAUCCUGGAUCGAUCGAACAGCAAGAAGUUCAGUCUGAGAGAAGAGAUGUUGAGAAUGAUAAAGGUGGUAAUAAGAUUGGAGAUGGGAGGACGUUUUGGUGGAAUUCGAGGAAUGUGAAUAAUAACAUUACAGAGAGAUCUUUGAUAUAAAAGCUUUUUUGUAAAAUAGAAAAUUUUCAUCUUCUGAAAUCAUUUUGUCUUGUGGUUCCAUUAUUUUACUCUGUCUCUUUCUGUAAGCUAUUUUUGUUUUGAGAUGGGAGUAAAAUUGAUGAAUUUUAGGCAUUGGCCAAAAGAGUGGCUGAGUUUGAGAAAAGAAGUAAAACAAAAUUCAAAAAGCUCCGAUGCCGGGAAUCGAACCCGGGUCUCCUGGGUGAAAGCCAGAUAUCCUAACCGC